AUGAAAGAAGAGAGUCCUAGCACUCCAAAUUUGCCAAGCACGGGCAGUCCUGAAAGCCCUUGUUUUAAAUCAUCAUCAUCAACAAACAAAGAACAAGAUCGGUUUCUUCCCAUCGCAAACGUUGGGAGGAUCAUGAAGAAAGUGAUGCCUGCAAAUGGAAAAAUCUCAAAGGACGCUAAAGAAACUGUUCAAGAAUGUGUUUCUGAGUUCAUCAGCUUCGUCACCGGCGAGGCCUCCGAUAAGUGCCAGAGAGAGAAAAGAAAGACCAUUAAUGGCGAUGACAUUAUCUGGGCCAUUACCACACUUGGCUUUGAGGACUAUGUGGAUCCUUUGAAAUCUUACCUUCAGAAAUAUAGAGAGAUAGAAGGAGAGAAGCUCAAUAUUCCCAAACAACAACGUUCUGAUCAUCAUCAUCAACAAAGGCUACAGAAUCAUCAUCACCAUCAUCAUCAAGAACACAAUAAUAAUGCUAAUAGUAUUAAUUUUAAUAAUAAUAAUCUACCUCUAAAUAAUAGUGUAUAUUCUUCAACCAUUCUCAUUCCUCCUCCUCCUCCUCCUCCGCCUCCUUGUGUGACCACCGAUCAGACAUUUUCCUUACCUUUCUCAUCAAAUUCAAUUCAGAAACAAUUACAGCCCCAAGACAAAAUGGAUUCUUCAGUGGGAAAUUGGUAA